AUGGAUUUGAAAGAUUGGAUAAAUACCAUUCCAGUGGUCACUCGACAUUGGUUCCUUGGAACUCUCAUCGUUCCACUCCUUGGUCGUCUCGGAUUAGUUAGUGCACAAUGGAUGUAUCUUGAUUGGGAUUUGAUUGUGAAUAAAUUUCACGUGAGUUGGAAAAUUUCAACAACCUUUUCAAUCUAUUCAUCCUCUAAAUUUCAGUUUUGGAGACCUAUCACCGCCUUGAUUUUCUACCCGGUCACUCCGCAAACAGGAUUUCAUUGGCUUAUGAUGCUCUACUUCCUUUACAAUUAUUCGAAAAAUUUGGAAAGUGAUACUUUUUCUGGACGUCCUGCUGAUUAUUUGUAUUGUCUAUUGAUCAAUUGGUUCGUCUGCGUUGUAAGUUUCAUUCAGGGUUUGAUUUUCAAAAAAUCAAUUUCGUUUUUCAGGGGCUCUGUUUGGCUUUUGGCGUGUAUUUUAUGCUCGAACCAAUGGUUAUCAGUGUUUUAUACGUUUGGUGUAUGAUCAACAAGGACACAAUUGUUUCUUUCUGGUUUGGAAUGAGAUUCCCGGUUAGUUGUUUUUCAAAUUGAUCAUGGUAUCAAGAAGGUUUUUGUAGGCCAGAUAUCUUCCAUGGGUUCUAUGUAUUUUCAACAUGGUUCUCCGCAAUGGAGGUUUGAAUGAACUUAUUGGAAUUGUCUCCGGACAUGCCUAUUAUUUCUUCGCCCUCCAAUAUCCACUUGAACACGGAGGAAUUCAACUCAUCCAAACACCUGCAUUUUUGUAUCAACUUUUGCCAAAUAAUGAAGGUGGAGUGCAUUCAAUGAAUGGACCUGAAUUUGCCCGUGGAGCAAAUGCUCGACGUGGUCAUGCUUGGGGACAAGGAGUUCAACUUGGAGGCCAGUAA